GUAUGUGCAUGAUGUGUUCCAUGGAUCGACCUAGAAAGCUAGGUUAAACCAUGAACAGUCAUUGGUGAUACUUUUCAAAGCUAUGUCACAUGGUCAAACUAGAUUCCAUCUCCUCUCUUUCAUCGGUUUGGAUCACAGAGCGAUUCUCAGAAACCCAAAGGUCGAUAUCAGUUUCAUUUGAUACCACUGCGUUUUACCGGGGCCCUGUGUAAGCUGACAGGAUAUGGGGGGGGGGGGGACAAAUGUAAAUAAUUGAAAAUUGAUUGUCAAAUUUCUUUCAUGGUUGACCAAAGAAUUAUGCUCAAUUGUACAAUUGGGGGUUUAUUACAGGCCCUGUGUUUCUAUCUACUGUAGAGAAUCACUUCUUUAUUUCUCUUGAUUGUGAUAGAAUAGUAGGAAGUGAAAUAGUUAUUUUUGUUAUUUUCUUAUGUUUUGAAAUGCUUUCAGACCAUAGAUUUUAGAAAUCAUUUAAGAAGUUGCAUUUUAAAAGUUCGGACUCAUAUUGUUUUAAGAGCUUGCAAUUAUUUUCUUUUAGAAUUUCUAUUCAAGAAGUUAUAGCAGACCUAAAAAUAACUUAUUAGAUAGGAUUAUUUUUUUUAUGUCAUUGAGUGUACAUAUUCACAAAACCAAUAUCUAUUUCUAUCUUCAUCUAUUUUUAAUUCAUUUCUGAAAUGGUGACAAAAAAUAUUUUCAUACCUUCAGAUUUUGUCUUGUUUGUUAUAUCUAAAAGAUUCUGAGCUCCCACACUCAAUAUUUUUAUUUCUUUCCUAUACCCCCUCUACCCCUCCCCCUCUCACUCUUAUUAUCUACUCAUUUUACACCCUCUCCCCAAUCUUCUGUUCAUAGUUAGAUCUUUUUUUUGGUAUCCCCCUUCCUUUUAUUUCAGAUCAUCACAAUAAUUAUACACUGCAUUUGUUUUAGUGUCUGAUAUGUUCUUGAUAAUUUCUCCCUUUAUAUUUAAGCUUAUAUUAAAGAUUAUAUUACAACUUUCAUUUAAAUCAGUUUUUUCCCUAGAAUGCUUUUUGCCUUUUUUUAUGGUUUAGCUAUUUAUAAAAAAAAGCGUAAUAAUUCUAUCGUUCCCUUCCAUAAUUCUCAUGUUUCUCUUUGUAAAAAUAAAAAGUUUUAUAGGGGGGUAUUAUGGACUUAAAUUCUGUGGCGCUAGAUCUAAAUCUCUGCUUUCCCGUACACAUAUCUUUUACAAUAUGGUCUAUUAUGACUCGUUUUGUGGAAUGUAUACAUGUAGAUACACAUCAGAGCUUGUAAUAAUGUCUAGACAAUGUUACAAAGGGAUGAAGGAAAUGCUUAAUCAAUACAUUUUUCAUCAUGUAUAGGGUUUUCUGAUUUUUAUCUCUUAGCUUUGCUGCUAUAGGGAGCUUAUUGAGGAAAUGAGAAAGUUCUGCAUUGCUUCCUCCUACUUCCAAUGGGAAAUUUGUAAUAUGAAUGAUUGAUUAUUGAAAGAUGAUUUUAACAAGCUUUGUCUCCCCCAAUUAAGCUUUACGCAUCAAAGUAUCUUGUUUCAUAUCUAAAAAUAUUUCACAUUCGUGGUUGUGUUUGAGUAAGAGUGGGAACUAUGACCGGAAAGGUCUUCAAUAAUAGCUUGAUUAUUUCAAAUCUGGAUAAUUCAUUGAGUAAACUAAAGUGACCAUGACAUAGCAUUGGUAUGGAGGUAUUUAUGGGUCAAUCAUGUGGACAUGAGAUCAUUCCUGGUCUGGAUAAGUAUCUCAUUUCACAGAUAGUUUGAUAUGGUAAGCAUAAGUAAAGGAGGGGUGGAAAGAUGUGCCAAGUAUCUUGUCACCGUGGUCAUUGAGAUGGGGCUUAUCAGUAGACAAUAAGUGCGAGAGUAUAUGAGGAAGAUGAUGACAGUGAUGUUUGCAGUACUGCUGUGACAUCAUGAGAAGCAAGGGGUACUCGUGACCCGUCAGGAAUGGGGAGCAUGCGUGCGUUUCUUCUCUAAAUAAUUGAUUUAAUGGGGUAGAUAACCCAUGCGCAUGGAUGCAACUCGGUCUACGCUCUGAUGUCUUGACAAAAAAGUGAACCCGUCGGUGAAGUUCGCUACUUCUGUCUUGUGAUUCAACUACUGAGGUAUUCAGAGCAGACGAGUGAUGUUAUCAUAACACUUACUCAUCAGCUGAUGGAUUAUUGAUGACUUGCGCUUGUCUUUAGAGCCAAAGUGACAUCCAUAAAUUGGAAGUAGAGAUAGUAUUCUUUUAGAAGUGAAGGUUGGAAACUUUUCAUCACCUUUUUAGCACCUCUUCUAAUGAGUUUGGUGAUUUGAUUUACUCAGAAGGAGCACAGCAUGGCCUAUCGAGGACAGGAAUGUUUUAACUCUUUUAAUGGAAGCAGAGCUGAUGGUGGUAAGACAGUAUCAAAGCUUACUGUUCAACUUGGCAGAAGCAAUGGGAAUGUAGCAACAAGUGGACCACAGGGUGGUGGAUUAAUGAAUCAAAGAAAGCAAGUCAGCUUUGGCAAUAAUCAGAGCAGCAGACUGGGCGGAGAUGUCAACGUCAUAGGCGGCAGCAAAAACAAAUCAGUGACGGUAGCACCCAAGAUAGGCAACAAUUACACAGCAGAUAGUGGCUGUUCGUGGGGCGGAGCUGAGGGUGGAAGUGGUAGUCAGAGUCGAGAAGUGGGAUUAAUCACGCCAAUCAGGGAUCACGAGAGAUGCGUUAAUGAGCAAGGAUCCUGUCAGACCAUCAGCAUGUCAACAGACAACAUGAAUGCCAUGUCGGAUAAUAAUGAUAUGCCGGCGUUAGACCAAGGUCCUGCAGCCCCUUUCAAUGAAUCGUCAGCCAUGCUGCCUGACAUUGAAACCAACAAACUCCACCCUCGAGUCUUAAAUGGUAAUUCUGUCCAUGAAGAGGAUUCAAGUUCCAUUAACAGCUCAAAUGUAAGUAAGGUACAGUUUGAGGAACCUACUGUUAUGAACAUUGAUCCGAGCUUUGAGAGUGCUGAAGAAAAAGCUAGAGCCUUAGCAGUAGGAGCGAUAGAGAAAGCUCUUGCUUCACAGCUUGUAUCGUCUGUGACAGAGGCAGCAGCUAAACUUGUGAGUGACGAAGCCAAAGAAUCAAUUGAUGACAACAAGAUGGAUACCAAACAGUGCCAGGAAAAUGGAGGUUUAACAGCAAAUGAGUUUCCAAAUUUAUCUGACAGUAAACUGAUCUCCAGCUUGAAUAAUUUUGAAGAAAUCACAGCUCUUCAAGAAAGUUCAACCAACUGCCAAGAUGCAAAUGCAAAUGAAGUCUCUGAUAAGAAAUCUGUUUUCAUAGAGAACAGCAAUUUAUCAGAUAAUGUGAAUUCCAACAAUAACACACAGUUACCACCAGUGCCGCCCAAACCAGCCAAAGGUCUGCCUAAACAACCUGAUGGUGCAUCAGGACCAGAACCUAAGAACACUCUGCAACAACCUCCAUUGCCAGAAGAACAUGGUGAGGUGCAGGAGUUCUUCAGCUCUUCCCAAAUUCUCGUCUCGGACGACAUUAUCGACUGCCUACCUGAGGUUGAAGAAAUGAGUAAUGGAGCACCACCAUCACCCCCUCUGAUGGCAUGUCCUGAUCAAACCUUAGCAGAGAGUCAAGAGCAACAUGUUGGUGGCACUUCUUUGCCUUUGCCAGGAGACACAGAAGGUGAGCAAAAACCCAGCAUUAAUGAACCACAAAACAAUGAAGAAGAAAACAAAAUGGAUGUGAAUAGCACUAAGGAUAUUAAGAAUGAAAUGACAGAAGCUACUAAAGAAAAUGACAUUGAAGAUGCUGAUAAAAUCAUGGACAAAGCUGAAAGUGAUGUCAAAGGGGAAAAAGAAGAUGGUUUUAUUACUUCUGAUGUGUUGAGUAAGGAGGACUGUGCUAUACAUGCAAAUCACGUCUCUCAAGUACAUGGCGAUAUCAAAGAAAAUAUCAAGGAUAGUUCUGUAAGUGCUAUAAAUAACGAUUCAAAAACCACCAAUGUUACAGAAAUAGCAGAAGACAACAAAAGGGCUGCCAAAGAGGAAGAUGUAGAACAAAAAGAUCACAAUAAAGAAGUGAGAGAGAGUGUAGAAGUUAAAGACAGUAUGAAACAAGACCAAGAGAAUGUUUGCCAAGACAAUUGCACGCUUGAUGAUAGCCUAUCCAUCCCUUCUCUAACAACAACAUCGGCGUCUUCAUCGACGGAGAUAGGGAUGACGCAGAUUCCAUUAUCGCCGAUCUUUGAGGAACCAAGGUCACCGGCUAAGACAGAUGAUCAUCUUGAUCUGUCAAACACAAGUUUGUCAUCAUCCUCCCAUCAAAUAACUACAUCCCCAUCAUCGCCAGAAAAGAUGGACGUAUCUGAAGUACCGGGCAGUGUGAGUGAUGAGAGUGCUGCUGUCGCUACAGCAAGUAUUGAAUUAGGAGUGGAAACUACUGGAAUUACUGAAGCAAAUGCAGAUUUUAUCGGGAAAGAGAACUUUAAUGAAAAUGAAGCAGAAAGCCAGCACAAUGAUGAAACAGAAGCUCCAGUACAAGUACCACCUAGUGCUCAGAAUGGACCUUCACAAACACAAAAUGAAAGGAUGUAUAACCAACAGCAUCAGCAUGAUAUGAAUAGGAAAAGUGGAAACCUGGACAAUCAUUCGAUGCAAGCUACCAGACAAAGUCCACCAGAGCCACCUGGCCCCCCUGCUGUACCCAAAGCUCCUCAUGCACCCCCGGCAGCUCCACCAGCUCCACCCCAGCCUCCAGCAGCUCCGGCAGCACCUCCAGCUCCAGCCGCACCUCCGACCCCACCUCAGCCUCCAGCAGCUCCACCGGCCCCACCAGCAGGUCCGCCUGCCCCACCAGCUCCACCAGCAGCAGGAGGUGCAGGCCCACCCCCUCCACCACCACCACCAGCUAUUGGAGGUCCCCCUCCUGCACCUUCAGGAGGAGGAGGAGGAGGUGGUGGUGCUCCAGCAGGAGGUGGAUUGGCAGCAGCAUUAGCAGCAGCCAAAUUAAAAAAAGUUAACAGGAGUGAAAUCAAUGAUAAUUCAUCAGCCAGUGCAGGAGGAGGAGGAGGAGGUGGUGGAGGUGGUGGUAGCAGACCACCACCAUCAGGGGGUGGAGGUGACUUCAUGAGCUCUCUGCAACAGAAACUAAACAAACGCCGUCAGGCUUCGGAGAAUCCACCAUCAGCAUCAGAUUCCAGUAGUAAGCCAUCGGGUAGAACGUCACCCCCUGGAGCUCCGAAAGCUACUUCCAAACCAUGGGAAAGAAAAACCAAUGGUGUAGACAGUACCACUUCUAGUGCCUCUCCUCAACUAAACCGUCCUCCUCCUCCUCCGGUGUCCAACCGAAAUAGCGUUGAUGGUGUUCGGAUCAUGAGACCUCCCUCUGGUGUUGAUCAGCACCAGACCAACAAUCCCACAUCUCCAGGAUUUUCAGGAGGUGGUCGGCUGCAUGGCCCGCGACCUCAACCAACCAGUACCUCGCCUGGUAGUCAGUCCCCCAGGCUUGGAGGACGAAGACCAUCACAGCCUGCUAUCAAUGGUAAUGCAGGAGGUGAUAGUCAAAACUCACUUGAUUAUGAGAAACUUAAACAAGAGAUCCUGACAGAAAUGAGGAAAGAACUACAAAAGACCAAACAAGAAAUCAUUGAUGCCAUCAAACAAGAAUUGAGUCGAAGGUAAAGAAAGCAAGUGACCACGUCCAGGCCCUUCCUAUUUUAUCGUCCACCCUUGGUCUUUCGCUUGACUCUUGGUGACCGCCAGAUGAAGAUGGAUAAACUAAUAUCCAAGACAAGACUCCGGGAACUACAGUUUGGUACCAAUACAAUGGGAAUGUCACUGUGUAAUAGACAGUAAUUGAUGGAGAUUUACAGAGGAAAGCACUCUGCAUCGACACAUGAUUCUUGAGUGUAGAAGAUGGAUUCAUUUAUUAUUCAGACACAAGAUUUGCUGACUUAUUUUGCUACCUUAUUUUCAUGAUUAUAUGCACACAUGGCUGUUCUCCUGUCAUUUUAUUCUCAGUUUUAUAGCUUUUCUCUUUGAAUGGCAUUUAUUUCAUCAUCAGAUAUUCUGAGUAAGAAGAUGUGUCUAACUGGAGAUACUCUGCUUUAAGCCAUUAAAAAAUAUCUUGAUUCUCAUAAUUUGAGUUAACUGUGAAUCCUUUUUUUUUCAUCUCUUGUGAAGUGAAAAAUAUGAGAAUAAUUAGUUGCAUUAAGGUCUAAUUGAGUGUAAGGCUGUUUUAUAAUGAAUUCAUUUAAAGUCAUUAUUGUCUUUUAGAAUUUUUGGGGACACCUUAUUUAGAUGAUCACAUAUUCACAGUUACAAUCAGUGCAUGUGUUUUCAUAAUGUUGAUUAAUAAUCAGCAUGUUAUUUUUUAAUGAAACGAGUUGUGAAACUAAUUUCUAAAUAUAUCAUCUGCAUGGGAAAAAUCUAUUAAGUAUUUGAUAGUAUUAAGAGUUUGAUGAAAAAUGUUCAAUAAAAUCUGUUAAGAUUUAGCCCCAAAACCUCAUGAUCUCUCAUUAACACAGUAUGCGAGUCAAGUGAUUUUAGGUUUUGGAAUUUUCAUGUGUUUACAUUUCUUGUCCAUUUUUCAACAUUUGGUUCUAAGAUUUUAUUCUGCUCGUGAUAUAUGAAAGUUAUUGAUUUCAUUCUCCUUUCCAGACAAUAUUUGUGUGUAUGUGUGUGUUGUAACAUAUUUUAUAUAUGAAUUGGUUGUAUCCAUGAAAUAGUCAUAUUAUUUAUGGAUUUGAUACCAUUUGAUAAAAAAAUAAUAGUUGAUUAAAUUUGUUUCCUUCAUGAAAUAUUAAUUCAUCUUACUACAUGGAUAACUAAUCCAUGAAAUAUAUAUUGGUAUCAUUUGGGUCUUAAUUAUUCAUUUUCAAUACAUCUAUUUGUAUGUAAAUAAAGUAUCAUAUCCACAAUGCAAAAUAUAUUAAUUUUUUGUUAAUAUCAUGGAAUGAAAUGAAUUGAAUCAUAGAUUUCAUUGGCUUCAUUUUACAUUUUUGGUAUAACAUAUCUUUGUAUAGACUGUGUGUUUUUAUUAAAGAAUGUUUUCAUGUUGCAUUUGCCACAAAGUUACAGUAAUCAUAUCACUCUUCUAUUAUCUUUAAGGUUUUGGAAUAGGAGGGGGAUGGGUAAUCUAGCAUUAAUUUUGAAAAUGGUGCCUAUUUUUUAAUACAAUGUUGGUAUUACAUUUGUUUGAUUGCAUUAUUUAGAAGAAAAUUUGAGACAUGGAUAUGAUGAAAUGAAAGCCAAAUGUGUUCUUUAAAUGUAACUUCAGUUUGUUUUGACAAAAUCUUGGCUUAUUAUUAGAACAUCUAAUGUAGAAUGGUAAAAGAAAGGAUCUUUUGUUUUGGGUUGAAAAAUAUCAUUUUAAUAUGAAAUUUGUAUAUGUCUUGUAUUUAUUUAUGCAGCAUGUGAAACAACUUUUACUGGGAAUAAUUUGCCCAUGUUACUCCUUGUACAUUUAUUCAUGCAUUUUACAAAUCUACCCAAUUUGCUUCUAAUUUUGAACAUAUUUUGGCAUAUAUCUGAGCAAUACUAAUUAUAUAUGAAUAUGAGCCAAUGUUUUUUUUUCUGAUUUCAUGGUAAUUGUGAUGUGUAUGUGUAUAUGUUAAUGUUAAUCAAUAUGAGUUUGUAGAGAAAUAUAUAUAUAUGCUGGAGAGAAGGUGAAAAGCCAUUUCCUCUUCUAAAUGUAUUUAUAGUUUAGAUAUAUGUACAUUUGAUAUAUGUCCCUCCCAGUUAUAGCCACACAUUCUCUGGAUGGUUUUAACUCUCAUUAGAAAAUUAUAUCUUGAUUUUGAUUAAUACAUCUGAUGAUAUUCAUGGAUAACUCAUCAGUAUAUUCUAGACACCAAAAAUUACUCCAAUUCAAGUCAAAUGUGUUUUGUAAAAAUGAGUGAUUGUUUUACAUUUCCACAUAGUCAAUUGGGCACAUUAACUAUUGCACUUCCUGACAGAUUAUUCUUUAGUAACUCUCGAUUUUGAAACUGCAGGGAGGUCCUAAGAAGCUUUGUAAUCUAAUAGAUUAAUGGAAUUUGUAAGAGCCUCACGAAGAAUAGUGUUUGUAAGAUUCUUCAUUCUUUUAGAUCUCUUCUGAUUUAAUAUAAAUUUUGUUAUAUGGACAAUCAAAGAAAAUUAAGAAAAUUAUGAACGUGUAUAGAAAUGAAAAGUGGAAUUUGGUCUCAAGUGGUACCUUGUAAAUCUAUAAUUUUUAAAGAAGAGGCAAAUAUAUUAGUGAAAAUAAAAAUGUGGCGAUAUAUAUAGCUAGGUAAAUUGUACUGUAGAAUAAUGUAGCCAACUUGGUGCAGCUUUGUAUCAUAGCUAUAAUCUCAGCCCAUUUAUUUAGAGUGAUAUGUAUAUUGAUCAUGUUACACUAUGUGUCUUUGUAUGUUUUUAUAGGUAUGUUUGGAGGAAUUAAUAAUUCUGGUGUGCAGAAAUUUGUCUUCCUUUUAUGUCUAAUCUGAACACAAUUUUGGAAGGUUAUUUCUGAGAGAAACGUUUUAUAUAUAUUGUAUUUUCACCAAAAAAAAAACACACACAAUUACUAAUCAUGGUAAAAUCUACUUUUAAGAAUUAAUUUUAUGUUCACUUGUUGAUCAUAAUUUUUGUUAUUCCAAUUGUAAAGCCUACCUGAGUGUAAGGAUAGUGCAUUUGUUAGGAAUACAACAAAGAUGGCAAUUGAGAUGUAAUCAUACUUGUAUGGAGGCCAAUUUGACAAUCAAAUUCAGCACUGCUAGAAUUUCUGCAUUUUGGACAGGACACUUGAGAAAAGUAUUUUAGUUGCUGAUAAUUACAAUUCUACCAUUCUUGAUGAAAUAAUAAUUCAUACCCUACCAUAUACAGAGAUUUCAUAAAAUCAGACUUGCAGUUUGCUGGAACUUUUACAUUGAUAGAAGUAGGAAGCAGUAUUUCAAAGGUUUGUAAUUAUUUUUUUUCUUGCUGAACUUGAAUUGACAAUUUAUCAUUCCAAUUUUUUUAUCACAACUGAGUGUUCCCGAGUUUCGUAGCUCCCACAUCCCCUUUUAAAACCAGAUGCCUUAAAAAUUGUGAUAUUUGCUGCAAUUAUUGACAUGCAAGUAGGAAAACUGUGAAUUAGUUUGAGUAACUAGUAAUUGAUGUUUGGAUUACUAUGAAUAGAUAUUGUAUGAGAAACAUGAACAAUGACUGAGCCAGGUGUGUUAAGGGGGAACUGGUUAUGAUUUUUUUUUGUAUGUUAUUUUUCAUAUAGAAAGUGAAGGUAUUUUGUGUGAUCUGCCAAACUACCGGUAUUCAUCCCCACCUUUACAUUUAAUUCCAAUUUGUAGGCACAUGUUACAUCAAACUGCCAUCAUAAGGACAGCUCAUUUUACUUAAGAAGUGAAGUAUUAUGACCAGCCUUGGUAUUGAGAUCAUGGCAACUUAUCAGAUAACAAGGAUCCACAUAGUAAGAAAAAAAACAGAAAUAACUCGCACAAUUUUUUCCAGAUGUUUGUAUAAUAACAAUAUUUUCUUUUUAAAAUCUGGUUAAAUGAAUUGUAAUCCAAUCUAACACACACUCAGUAUCAAGUCUAUUGCCCUGGGUGUGUUUGUUGUAAAGGUACCUCCUGUGGGAUAAUUUUUGCCAUUGCCCUCGCUGAUGACUAUUAUUUGUAUAUUUCAUAAUGAAACAGAAGAUAGAAUGAAAGAUGACACAGUAUGGUGAAAAGAUCUUUAUAAAAAAACCAGCAAUCAUGAACCCCUCCCCCUUUCAUACUCAAUGCAUCAUCAUUGUUAAUGAAGAAUUGUCUUUAGUCUGCUAAGUCUAUAAAAUGCUAGUCUGUUACCUACUUCAUACAAUCCUCAUAGAUAUACUUCUCACUAAAUUGAUGAAUUCAGAAAUAAACUAUUCUUGAUUGAUUAUGCAAUGUUUGUUUAAAUCUCGUAGUGUACCUAGCUGUCCUAGGUUUGACUUUGUCUCGUUUACUAUGUACAUGCUGUAGUUGACUGCACAUCAGCUGCAAAAAAAAAUAUUAUAGAAAUAAAGUCACAUAGCUUCAUUUUUGCUAAGUAA